GCGGUCUUCACGGCCUGUCUAUUUGCUCUACUUGCGACCUAGACUUCUCCGUCUUCAAUUAUAUGGCUAGGCUACCAACAGAAACACUAAGCUCUGAAUUAAAGACUCUAAGUCCGAAUUUUGGAGAAUCCUUAAAACGUACACUUAAAGAUAUCUAUCGAGGUAGAUGUAUCGUCGCCCCGGCGCGCGCUACACCUCCACCCUCGGACCCGCCACAAUUGUCGGCGGCUCGAAUAACGAUUGACAUUGGUAAUCCGGAAACAGAACUCUUGAUACCAGAAUUGUUCACCCCCCCAUUUCCGGGCGCAAGUCCGUCCGACGUUUUCGGGAGCAUCCUUACUUCUUACACAAAUAAGAUCACGCGCUUCGUCCACAAAAGGGACGCGAAGCAAUUCAUUGUAUUCGCUGGCGCCAUCUGCUCGUCGCGGAUGUUGCAGUGGCAAUAUAAUCCUGAAGCUGGCUGGGCAUUUUCGUAUAGGAACCACGUUGACAGCCAUGAAAACCUUAUGAUAACCGGUCGUUUAGAGGACACAACGAUUGGAAAUCUCUUCGUCGUGAGAACACAAGACCGGGUUGACCUUCGAGCCCUUAUCGCGAUUCUCCAGUGCCGGCGGUGGUCUGCCGAGGGCUUCAACACCUUAGUUAUUGCCACAGCCUCCGAAUACGUUGUUAGAGCCGUCUCAUGGCAGUUGAGAAUAUGGCUGUAUUAUGGCUGGAGAUGUCCAACCACAGGGGGGGUUCCUGACAAUAGCGACUUAUGGGAAAUAUUCCUCUCCGAGCUUGACAAAUGCUACUCGGAAGGCUUGAAUGUGAAGAUUUGGCAAAUCCCAAGCCGAAUGACCCAAAAGGUGAAUAGGGCCGCGUGGACUGCAAUAGAGGGCUGAAGGAAUGUAGAGCAUUGUGAAGCCAUUGGGUUAAAGUCCGAUAUCCCUUGGAUGGGCAUGGUAAUUCCACACGAAGUUGCCAUCGAUCAUUACUCUCUAGGGGCCUGAGUCUCUCACCUCUCCGCAUAAUUACGCAGAGCAGCUGCGAUGCGAGUACCGCACAUCGCCAUUAAUAGCUAUAUUAGUCAGUAGUUCGAUAGGUAUCCUAUCGAGCUGAAUAAAGCUGGCCGAGGGUGUAACACUGGUGCCUCGGGAAGGAUGCGAAGUGCUUACAGUACCGUCCUUCUACCCCAUAAAAUAUGCCAUAAGCUGAUGUGCGGCUACGAGCUAGGGGGUUUGGUGUAAUAUUAAUUAGCUAGUUCGUCCUUUCGGCUUUUGCGCAUGUCUAUUGCACUCUGUUGACUCUGUACACUCUGUAGUUCAAGUACGGAUUGGUGACAAA